AUGUCUCUACAGAGGAUUGUGCGUGUGUCCCUGGAGCACCCCACCAGCGCUGUGUGUGUGGCAGGGGUUGAGACCAUCGUGGACAUUUAUGGGGCGGUUCCUGAGGGCACAGACAUGUUUGAGGUCUACGGGACACCGGGAGUGGACAUCUAUGUGUCUCCCAGCAUGGAGAGGAGCCGAGAGCGAGCUGACACCAGGCGGUGGUGUUUCAACAAGGACCUGGAGAUUAUUGUAAUCAUGAACUCCCCUAGCAAUGACCUCAACGACAGCCAUGUUCAGAUAGCCUACCACUCCAGCCGAGAGCAUUUGCCCCUGGCCUAUGCAGUACUCUACCUCACCUGUGUGGACAUCACCCUAGACUGUGACAUGAACUGUGCGGACCGGCAGGACAGGAGCUUCGUGGAUAAGAGGCAGUGGGUGUGGGGGCCUGAUGGGUACGGAGCCAUCUUGCUGGUGAACUGUGAUCGGGACGAUGUCGACUCUAAUGCCCAAGAUAACUGUGACCAAUAUGUGCGUUGCCUGCAAGAUCUGGAAGACAUGUCCGUCAUGGUCCUACGGACCCAGGGCCCCGAAGCCCUCUUUGAGGACCACAGGCUUAUCCUCCACACCUCCAGCUGUGAUGCAGAGCGGGCACGGGUCUUCCAUGUCUGCGGCCCUGAGGAUUCCUGUGAGGCCUAUAAGUGUGUUCUGGGCCCGGACAGGAUGUCCUAUGAGGUGCCCCGCCUGAAGGGCUAUGAGGAGCGCUUCUUCGUGGAGGGCCUCUCCUUCCCGGAUGCAGGCUUCCCAGGGCUCAUCUCCUUCCACGUCACUCUGCUGGAUGAUUCUAAUGAGGACUUCUCCGAGACCCCCAUCUUCACCGACACAGCAGUGUUCCGGGUGGCCCCCUGGAUCAUGACACCCAGCACCCUGCCGCCCCUAGAGGUGUACGUGUGCCGGGUGAGGAAUAACACCUGCUUUGUGGAAGCCGUGGAGGAGCUGGCCAGGAAGGCAGGCUGCAAACUCACCAUCUGCCCUCAGGCGGAGAACCGGAAUGACCGCUGGAUCCAGGAUGAGAUGGAGCUGGGGUAUGUGCAGGCGCCACAUAAGACCUUGCCGGUGGUCUUCGAUUCUCCGAGGAACGGAGAGCUGCAGGGCUUCCCUUACAAAAGGAUCCUGGGUCUAGAUUUCGGCUAUGUGACUCGGGAACCUAAAGACAGUUCUGUGAGUGGUCUGGACUCUUUUGGCAACCUGGAGGUCAGCCCACCCGUGGUGGCCAAUGGGAAGGAGUAUCCCUUGGGGAGAAUCCUCAUCGGGGGCAACCUGCCUGGGUCGAGAGGCCGCCGAGUUACCCAGGUGGUGCGAGACUUCCUCCACGCCCAGAAGGUACAACCGCUGGUGGAGCUGUUUGUGGACUGGCUGGCUGUGGGCCACGUGGAUGAGUUCCUGAGCUUUGUCCCUGCACCAGACGGGAAGGGCUUCCGGCUCCUCCUGGCCAGCCCUGGCGCCUGCUUCAGGCUAUUCCAGGAAAAGCAGAAGUGGGGCCAUGGCCGGUCCCUCCUUUUUGAGGGUGUCAUUGGUGACAGGCGGGUCCAGACCGUCUCCAUCAAUCAGAUUCUUUCCAACCAGAGCCUUAUCAACUUUAAUAAGUUCGCACAGAGCUGUAUCGAUUGGAACCGCGAGGUGCUGAAGCGGGAGCUGGGCCUGGCGGAGGGUGACAUCAUCGACAUCCCGCAGCUCUUCAAGACGGAGAAGAGGAAGGCGGUGGCGUUCUUCCCCGACUUGGUGAACAUGCUGGUCCUGGGCAAGCACCUGGGCAUCCCCAAGCCUUUCGGGCCCAUCAUCAAUGGUCGCUGCUGCCUGGAGGAGAAGGUGCGCUCCCUGCUGGAGCCGCUGGGUCUGCACUGCACCUUCAUCGAUGACUUCACGCCAUACCACAUGCUGCACGGGGAGGUCCACUGUGGCACCAACGUGCGCCGGGAGCCCUUCGCCUUCAAGUGGUGGCACAUGGUGCCCUGAGCCACCACCCAUUCCCCACCCUCCCCCCAGGAUGGGGUGUCCGCCCGGCAGAUGGAGACUGGGACAGACCCCAGAACAACAAGCAGCUAAAGACCCUCGGUUUCUAGACUGAAUGCCCAGGGUGACCCAAGCCCCUCAGAAGCCUUUUUUCUUGAAAUGUCUGCCUUUAUCUGCUACCCAUUCAGAUCCCAGACGUGAAUCCUCUUGGUGUCCCCAAGAAAGGGCCCCGUGUCUACCAGACUCUCAUGGGGAUCAAUGUGACCCAUGGGGAUAGCUUUAAACACCAUCCCCACAAACUCCUCUGUCUGUGGGUAAAUCUGCUUGGAUGUCUAGAAGCUUUGACCUUGUCGGCAUCUUGGCCUGCACUUCCUAUGGUGGAAGGCCCAGGGGUUUGGUUUUGGCCCCUGUCUCCUGCCCUGCAGGGGAUGGUUUUAAAGUCAGACAAUUUUACAUAUUCUUGUACAAGUAGACUACUCCACAAGAGAGAGUCUAACCCUCCCAGGAAGCUCCCCAGGGUCCAUUCAAGUCAAAGUGUGAGCAUCUUUCUUACUGCAAGCUCCCGACCAGGACCGGCCUUUACUGAGCUGUCACACAGUGGGUACCUCUAGGUGCUUUGAGGAUGGCAGGUAUCUCUUACCCUUACAAGCUCCCCAUCAUCUGAUGCCAGGGAAUCAGGUUAUCCAAAUCCUCUUGGAAUUUCUCUGAAGUGAAGCGGCUGAGGGCGGGUUGAGGGGCAGCGCUGUUGAUGGUUAGGAAAACUGGAUUCCCAGAGAAAUCUAAGACAGGAUCGACCCUGGGGGUCCCCCCAUCUCGAGAAGGAUGCUCAGCUGGCCUGGGGGCUCUGCACAGGAGAAGAGACCACUGGCUAACUUAGCUCUGAGCCUUCUGCCUAUACAGCCAUCCUGCAGGUUGCCACCGAGGCAGGACUCAGUGGGACAGUUGAACCUCUCCACAUACUGGGAGAAGGGAGGGGCGUGGCUGUCUCAAGAUGUGUUCUGUGAGUCCAGCUGGCCAAAAAAUAAACAGAUGCAC